AUGAAGUUCACCUUGCUCCUUGGCGCUGUUGCUGCCCUUGCUAGUCGUGUAACCGCCUUCAAUGGCGAGAUGAACGCUAGUGGAUACUAUAGCAAUGGCCAAGAUAUUUACCUCACUGAUUACACCACUGGGGAGUCCUAUUCAGGCACAUUGCCAGGUGGAUUUAAUGCUUGCGUCAACACUAAGGAGACUGGUACCGAUGGAAGUUACAGCUUCAAUGCUCACAUGUGGCGCACGAAUGAUGGAUGCCACAACAUCGACUUUGAUGGUGCACUUGAUGCUCAUCACGGGUACUGCUGUGGCAAGCUGCCUUGCGCCUUUACCGCAUAG